CAAAUUUUUCGUGAGGAUCAAGAAUUUAACGGUAACGUCCGAGGUUAACUGAUCUUGGGAAGGCCCCAUUGUAAAUGUUACGCAAAUUAUUAUAUCCUAAAAAGGAGAUGACGACCGAUGUGGACAAUACAUUUCUAAAAUAUUGUUACCGACCGAACGUUCUCAAACAGUGAGGGGUAGGAGAAGAAGAAAAAAGAGAAUGCGACGCAGUUAAAAAUUUGUGCCGCUAGGUGGAGAAGGUAGUUCUUCUUUCGACUCGAAGUCGUUCGUUUUGGCGAUGCUUGCCCCAGCAGUCGGCUGACGACUCGAUGGUCAGGUGCCUCGUUCUCAGUUUGUGCUCGGUAUUCGUUGACUUUUUCCCCGGCGCGCCGAUGGCAGAGACGACGAGUGUCAUGGUAGCGAGAGAGUGGUAAACCGAGGUAAUCCAAUCGGCCAAUCAGGGGGCAGGCUGUCGCGGAGGAUAGCGAGGGCAGAGUUACGUCGAAGUUGGUGGCUGGAACUGGCCGCUGACUGUCAGUGAAAUAUAGCCCAAAAACAGGGGAUUCGGUGAAGCAGAAAAUAGUCACCUCGCAUUAAUAUUAAAACAAUAUAUCGAGUGCUGAGAUUAAAACCGGGUCGCCUUGUCUUCGUCGGGAGGUCUCGAGCACCGCGAGUGUGAAAUUUUCACGAUGAUAACGUCGUCGCCGUCGUUAUAGGACCUAGAGGAUAAGCCCCCCCGAUAAUCGUGCACCGUGCCGAGGCUCGCCAGUCGCUACUUUUGCAAGUGUGAAAAAGAAAAAUCAGUGAACGGGAUGACGAAAAAGACGAUGAGGAAGGUGUUGGUAGUCGCGUAGCCGUUGGUUAACCCGGUUGCAGAAGGGCUGUCGGGGGACACCUCGGAAAGAUUCUCGCUUCUGAACUCUGCCUAUCUCAUUCAUGCCCGUUCCCCGAGGACCCGAGAAUCGCACCACGUCCCGGACAGACCCGUUCCAGUCACAAAACUAGAUGGGAAAAAAAGGCACAAGAUACAGGAACAAAACUAGAUAAAAAAAGAAGCGACAGAGGAGCUACUGCAAUAACAAUAUCAAUACAGCGAGAGCGUGAGAAGGGAACGAUCCGAGGAAAGUGUAAGUGAAAAUAAAAAUACGUGAAAUCGGGCAUUCCCGAUCGGUCGUUCAUCCGGUAUUAAUAGGGAUGUCGUUAUCGUGCCAGUGAUAAUAGUAUUUCGACGAAUAUGUUUCAGCGAAACUAACUACGGUUUGGAUAAAUAUCGUUUUCCUAUUCGAUUCAGGGGGUUUCCUCCCCGAAUACUGGAUACACAGAAGCAUUAGUGCGGGGCCAGUGACGAGGGUGGUAGCGGUUGUGUUGUUUUCGGUGUUGUUGUCGUCGUAGUCUACGUUGACGUCGCCUUGGUCGUCGGUGGUGUCGACGGUGCGAUAGGAGCGCGCGCCUCUGUGUGUGUUCCUCCUGUGAGUGUUGGUUGUGUGCCGCGCGCGUUUCAUCGUCGGCGGUGUGUUCGUCGAACUCCUGUUCGGGGGGACGUCCGAACGGUACAGUGGUGUAGGAGAGGAGAAAACACCGACGAUCCAGCAACAUGGCGGACCUCGAGGCGGUACUCGCCGACGUUAGCUACCUGAUGGCUAUGGAAAAGAGUAAAUGCACCCCCGCUGCAAGAGCGAGCAAGAAAAUCGUACUUCCGGAUCCUAGCGUCAGGAGCGUCACGCAUAAACAUCUUAUAAAGAAGAACGAAGUAAACUUUGACAAAAUAUUCAAUCAAAUGUUAGGGUACCUUUUAUUCAAAGAUUUUUGCGAGACUGUAGCGGAGGAACCAAUUCCGCAACUUAGUUUUUACGAAGAGAUCAAAGCGUACGAGAAAUUGGAAUGUCCGGAGGAGAGGAGAAAACUAGCCCGGGAAAUAUACGACAAUUUUAUUAUGAAAGAAUUGUUAGCUCACGCGCACGAAUACUCGAAAGAUGCGGUAGCACAUGUACAGAAAUACCUAAUGAAGAAUGAAGUUCCCGUUAAUUUAUUUGAGCCGUACAUCGAGGAGAUCUUCAACCACCUGAGGGGAGACCCGUUUAAAAAGUUCUUGGAGAGUGACAAGUACACACGUUUCUGCCAAUGGAAGAAUCUCGAGCUCAACAUUCAGUUGACAAUGAACGACUUCAGUGUACAUCGAAUUAUCGGGAGGGGGGGAUUCGGCGAAGUUUACGGAUGUCGUAAGGCAGACACUGGAAAAAUGUACGCGAUGAAGUGCCUCGAUAAGAAGCGCAUCAAAAUGAAACAGGGUGAAACCCUCGCCCUCAACGAAAGGAUAAUGCUCUCACUAGUCAGUACUGGAGUGGAUUGCCCUUUCAUUGUAUGCAUGACGUACGCGUUUCAUACACCGGAUAAACUGUGCUUUAUACUUGACCUGAUGAACGGAGGUGACCUACAUUAUCAUCUCAGUCAACACGGUGUAUUUAAUGAACCUGAGAUGAAAUUUUACGCCGCGGAAGUUAUACUAGGUCUUGAACAUAUGCAUCGUAGAUACAUCGUUUAUCGGGAUCUGAAACCAGCAAAUAUACUUUUAGACGAAAACGGUCACGUUAGAAUAUCAGAUCUUGGCCUCGCCUGUGAUUUUUCUAAGAAAAAACCUCACGCCAGCGUGGGCACACAUGGUUACAUGGCGCCGGAAGUACUCUCUAAAGCAACCCCCUACGACUCGAGCGCAGAUUGGUUUUCUUUUGGUUGUAUGUUAUACAAACUUCUGAAAGGUCACAGUCCAUUCAGACAGCAUAAAACUAAAGACAAGCACGAAAUAGACCGUAUGACACUCACCAUGGUUGGUAAAGUCGAAUUGCCGGAGACAUUCUCGAGGGAAUUGCAGUCGCUUUUGGAGGGAUUGCUGCAAAGAGAUAUCGACAAGAGACUAGGAUGUCGGGGUGGCGGUGCAGACGAACUUAAAGAGCAUCCAUUUUUUAGUGGAAUCGACUGGCAGCAGGUUUACCUUCAAAAAUAUACGCCACCGUUGAUACCGCCCAAGGGUGAAGUGAACGCUGCAGAUGCUUUUGACAUUGGUUCAUUUGACGAGGAGGAUACUAAAGGAAUUAAAUUAACUGACGCUGAUCAGGAUCUUUAUAAAAAUUUUCCUCUUGUUAUAUCUGAAAGGUGGCAGGCCGAAGUUGCCGACACUGUAUUUGAAACAAUUAACAAUGAAGCUGACAAGCUGGAAAAUAAACGUAAAGCGAAACAAAAACUGAGAUUCGAUACCGACGAAAAAGAAUCGGAUUGUAUAUUGCACGGAUAUAUAAAAAAGUUAGGCGGUCCUUUUGCUAGUGCGUGGCAAACUCGUUAUGCCAAACUUUAUCCAAACAGAUUGGAACUCCAUCCGGAGUCGACAACCAAUAAACCUGAGCUCGUCUUUUUGGACCAGGUAGAAGAAGUAGCUGCUGAUUAUCAACACGUGAAAGGAGAACAGUGUAUAGUAGUUCGCACUAGAGAUGCAAAAAUCGUACUAACGAAUCCCGAUGAAAUCGGGCUAAAAGAAUGGGCGUUAUCGCUUAGAUCUGCACAUAAAUGUUCAAUGGAGUUACUCGGUAAUAUGGCACGAAAAGCUGGUAAAAUAUACGGCACGGAACGAGAAGCGGCAAUUCCUCCAACGCAGCGUUCCACAAACGGGAACUAACCCUUGCCAUUUGUUACACAUCGUCAUACUCCAGUCCCACUGCCUCGCAGCAGCAGCAGCAGCAGCAGCAACAACUUUUUUUAUACUACUACGAUAUGAAGGGGCCGAGUAAUGCUCAAUGGUAUUGAAGCAGCGUCCGAGCUCAGCUCUUUUCUUCCCUUCAACUCACUCAAUCACUCGAAAACAAAAAAAAAUUAAAUAACAAACAUAAAAAAACCACGACAAACCAACUACCCUUUCCUAGUUCCCCGACAUUUUCCUAUCGCUCCCCUUCCUUUCCUCCCUCGCGCCGCCGCCAGCAAGAAAAAAAAGGGGGAAAAAGAAACAAACAAGAAAAUGAGAGAAUAAUUAAAAUAUUGAAAUAAAAUAAAAUGAAAUAAAACAAAAUAAAAUAAAAUAAGAAGAAAUGAAAUGAAAUAAAAGCAAAUAAAAUGAAAGAAAAUAAAAGCAAAUAAAAUGAAAUAAAUUAAAAUAAAAUAAAAUAAAACUAAACAUUGUACGGCGGGUAGCGCCGCGCUGUAUAGAGACUUAGCGAGUAGCCUCGCACCUAUUCAUCCAUCCCUUGUGCCAGCCCGAAUUUUAAUCACUGGGCUAGACGUAGGAAAGUCGGGUGCGUAGCGUGACGUCGUUAUAUUUGUACGGUAGCUAUGUGUGUGUGUGUGUGUGUGUGAAUGGCGUUAGCGAUUAGCGACUGUGCCAUCCGCACUCCACUCCAAAAACCCUUCCCGCCCCCGAAAUCCUCCCUCCCCCACCCGGUAGUGUAUUAUUAAUAUUACUACGAACCUGUAUUAUUGUAUUAAUUGAAGAGAAAAAAAAACAAAAAAAAAUGUACUAUCCGUUUACUUAAUUUAUUUACUAAUACAAAGAACAGAAUUUUAUAUUAUCUAACGAAUAACAAAAAAUCCAUUAUUUAUUAUGUUAUUGUUAAUAUUACUAUUAUUAUUAUUAAUAUUAUCAUCAUAAUUGUCAUUGACAUUUUAUUUUAUUUUAUUUUCGCAUUACUGUUGUCAUCCUUUUCAUUAUUAUGACUAUUAUCAUUGAUUAUUAGUAUUAAUAUUAUUAUUAUUAUUAUUAUUAUUGUCGUUGUCAUCAUAACCAUCAUCAUCGUUGUCAUUGUAUUUACCGAAGGAGGAUACGAAGGAAAAUUAACGAGUCAAAGGAAGAAAAUCAGAAGAAAAUAGUAAGAAAUCACAGAAAUAAGAAUAAGUUUAGAGCAAAGAAAAAUAAAUAAUUACCCAAUAAUUGAAGGAACAAAAUAACAAAAAAAUUAGAAAAAAUAAUAAUGAGGUCGUUUGUAUAUUAACAGGUAAAAAAAGGAACAAAAAAGAAAACUUGAAUAUUAUUGUUAUCAAUGUGUACGCUCGGGCAGACACGCGCGGUCCGCUCAAGCAAUAAAAAAAAUGUGCGAUGAACGCGGAAAA